AUGCCCUCUUUGUGGGUCAAGCUCGGCUUUGGAGUCGUGUCCCUCUUCUCCGACUUUGCCCAUGCCUAUGCUCAGCUUGGAGGUAGACUACCUGCCAGUCCUGGCUAUCUGCCAAAGAAUCCUUGUCCAGGACGAUGCAGCACUGCGGGUCCCAACCCAGGCAAUUGGUCCUUGUAUCAUAAUUUGGAUCAAAUUGAGUCCUGUGAUCAGACAAUGUUUUACUACUUUUCUCUCCUCGGACCGGUCGAUGAUCCAAGGACCUCACACCGCAUCUAUUCUUGCUCUUCUUAUGGUCCUGAUUGGUCCAAUCUGCCCAAUGUAACAGGGAACGUUGCUCUUGGCACUCCAAUCGAUUCUACAUAUCAAUUUGGCACGGGGAACGAAGGGGGCAUGUCUCCUUCCUAUGUCCGGUCGCUUUCGAGGCAGAUACGCGAGUAUCUGGCAAAUGGAUAUGGAGGCACGAAUAGUUCCGUCAUUUUGUUUGCCCGAGCAGGCAAGACUUCAGUCGGCGUUUACAUGGGCAGGGGCCUCCAAAUUGAAGCUACGGGUAAUUAUGCUCUGACAUCCUUUGAGAGUGCCGUGGCAUCUGUCGCCGUAGGUACCGGUACAGUGGCUAUGCAGCUUUGCCAGCCUGGAAAUGAUGGCGAUCACGUAUUUGGUAUUAUGGCGACUAGCAAUUCGACUUUUGACCCUAUUCAAGAGGCCCUUAAGUCAUGGUCCAAUGGACAAUGCUGGUCUUUCAGGAGUGUCACCAACAUAACAGGUCCAGCCUACAUCACCACUCCCUUGGUACUCAAUCUGCCACAAGCACAAACUCCCAAUUCGACGACCAAGCGAAACUCCAUGCCAGGCUCUUCAUACAAAUCAUCCUCUACCGGACGCCCCCAGCGUCGCAAUACCUGCUCUUAUAUUCAGGUUGCCUCAGGCGAUGGUUGCUACUCUUUGUCUCAAAAGUGCGGCAUUACUCAAGAUCAACUAUCCGAGUAUAAUCCUUCGGACCCCAAGUUCUGCAGCGAUCUUCAACCUGGCGAGUAUGUCUGCUGUUCAGAGGGAACGCUGCCAAAUUUUGCUCCACAACCCAACUCUGAUGGAUCCUGUGCGACAUACACCGUUAAGAGCGACGACUACUGCUCGGCUAUUGCUGCAGCAAACAGCAUAACGGUUGAUGAAUUGACCAAUUAUAAUGCUGAUACAUGGUCUUGGAAUGGUUGUGAUGAUUUGUUCGUUGGUAUUAUUAUUUGUCUCAGCACUGGCACUCCACCCAUGCCAGCUGCAGUCACCAAUGCUCUAUGCGGACCAACCGUACCAGGCACCCCAACGCCACCUGGCGGAACAAAUAUUUCCAUGCUCAAUCCUUGCCUACUGAAUGCAUGUUGCGAUGUCUGGGGCCAAUGUGGCACGACCGUCGAAUUCUGUGUAAAUACCAACACAGGCUCCCCCGGCACGGCCGCACUGGGAACUAAUGGAUGUAUUUCUAACUGUGGCACUGACAUUAUAUCAGGCGACGCGCCUGCUGUGUGGCGGACAGUCGCAUAUUUUGAAGGAUUUGGUUUUGACCGUGCUUGUCUUUACCAAGACGCAAUGCAAAUCGACCCUACAGGGUAUACAAAUUUGCAUUUCGGGUUCGGCGUGCUGAACCCUAACUACUCUGUAGAUACCACUUUUGGAGAUGAUUCACUGUCAGCCUUUGAGUUUUCACAAUUUCUGAGAAUCACAGGACCGGCAAAAAUCCUGUCAUUUGGUGGUUGGGCUUUCUCGACUGAUCCAUCCACUUACAUGAUAUUCCGUGACGGCGUCACCUCCGCCAACGCAAAAUCUAUGGCUACAAACAUGGCCAAUUUCAUUAUUCAGAAUAACCUCGAUGGUAUUGAUAUUGAUUGGGAGUACCCGGGAGCCCCAGAUAUUCCAGGUAUUCCUCCUGCAUCUUCGGAUGACGGUGCCAACUACUUGACAUUCCUCACCAUUCUCAAGAGUUUGCUUCCCAACAAAACAGUAUCUAUUGCGGCUCCUUCGUCGUACUGGUACCUGAAAAAUUUUCCCAUUCAAAAGAUUGCCGCGGUGGUUGACUAUAUCAUUUUCAUGACCUAUGAUUUGCAUGGCCAGUGGGACGCAUCCAAUUCAUACUCUCAAGACGGCUGCCCAACAGGAAAUUGUCUUCGGAGCGAUGUCAACUUGACAGAGACAUUGAACGCCCUGUCCAUGAUCACAAAAGCCGGUGUACCUUCAAGCCAAGUUGUAGUUGGUGUUACCAGCUACGGACGGUCCUUCGAAAUGUCCGACGCGUCUUGCUGGACCGAGAAUUGUACUUUCACUGGCUCCAGUACGCAAUCAAACGCAGAAGAAGGCCCAUGCACAGCAACAGCUGGCUAUAUUGCGAACGCAGAGAUUCAGGAUAUUCUCAAUGACCCCAGCCGUGUCAACCAGAAUUUUGUCGACGACACCAGUAAUACAAAUAUCCUUGUCUAUGACAAUGUCCAAUGGGUUGGUUAUAUGGAUAAUAACAUCAAGGCUUUAAGAACGUCUCUCUACAAAAGUUUGAAUAUGGGUGGCUCCACAGAUUGGGCUACAGACUUGGAAACUUACAACAAUGUCCCAUAUCCUGCAACUUCAUGGACCAAAUUUAUUUCAGAUAUCAAGAGCGCCAUAAACCCGCUUUCUGAACAGGAGAAUAUAACUGGUAACUGGACUAGCGUACAAUGCACUGACCCAGCAAUUAAUUAUUGGGUUCAGCUUAACAUGACUUCAGAGCAACGAUGGAGUGAAAUGGACGGUGACGAUGCAUGGGCAGACGUCACAAACCAGUGGAUAAAUGUGGAUCGGCCACAGAACAAAAUCACCUUCAUUUCAUCUAUUGUGAACUCACUCCAUGGCCGUGAGCUUACUAAAUGCCAGUCGGUAGGCCCGGACAACAAUUGUCAAACGACUGACCUGUGUUGGUUUGAUCCGCCGGCAUCUGAUGGUUCACCACCAGCUGGUGCAGCUUCUUACGAGAUCUAUAACUCUCUUAUUGUUGUCCACGAUAUGUACCAAGACAUAUGGGAUGCAUUGUGGCAUGCUGCUAGUAUUUUCGAACCCAGUCUGUCCCAGUUUGAGAAUAUCUUUGCGCCAGUAGCCCCACAGAAAGACGAUUCAUGGCUUCAAAUUCUUCUGGACUUUAUUACUCUUGGAGCUACUGCUUUGGCUGCACCGAUUUUUAAUUCUUACUUGACUAAGUUGCCAUAUUUUUUCGCCAAUCCUGCAGCUCUCGCCACAACAAAGGACCUUACCUAUGCUGCAAUCGCGGCGGGAGUAACUGUAGGCAAAGACGUUGUCGGCGGCCAAAACACAACAAUUGGGACCUGGUCAGUACAAGACCAGAAUGCAUUUUCAACCUAUAUGGGACAAAUUGUCGGCGCUUGGGCAAAUUUGACUGCUCUGGCGCUCAAAGAUUUGUUUUCUGGCUCCUCAAGUUCCCUUCCCAAUCUUGACAGCCUUGUCACAGGUGGUAAACUUAUUGCUGGCAUACCAGAGACGGAUCAAUAUCCUCCGGACGCUGAAACUCUCAUUUCUUCAAUUACUUCCGCCCUCUAUGCUUACGCUAUUCCUGCUAUCUGGUCAGCUGCGAGAUAUAACGUGUUUGUAAUUGAUAGCGGAUCAUCCUGUGGUACAAUCAAUCCAAUUACUAAAUACAUGACUACUGAGGAUCAAGAGGCCUCAUGGGGCUGCUAUCCAUCCAGUACCGGAGAACUCUAUUACCUCGCUAUGCCGGUUUCUAGUCAGUUUCCGGCCAGCUGCGGCAGUAACCCGCCAGAUGGACGUUGUCCUGAGGUACCGUUCACAGCACCGCCUGGACUUUCGGCCCUGACUGGGGACACGCAAGUAUGGGGGGCUGUUACUAGACAGUUGAUUAUUCAAGGAGCCGUUCGCAGUUAUCAAAAGAACAAUAAUGCCAAUGGUGGCAUCGCACCAGACCUAGGUGACAAAUUAGUCGUUAAUGGCUUGAUUGACGGCGACUAUACUGUUCCUGGCUUCAUCAACAUUCCAGUGUGCUCACCAGAGAUGGCCGCAACUGCGGUUGACGCGAGCAGCACUACAUCGGGAGAGCCCAACUAUCCCUGCGCCGUUCCACCCAGCCCGAAUGACUGCGGAACCUCGACAUUCACAGACGCAACCAGCGGUGGCUCACCUCUUGUCAGUGAUUGUCAGCAGAUAGUUACCAAUAUUGCCGGCACUCAAGGCUCGUGGGAGGUCGAAUCUUCGGUAGGCAAACAACAUCAACUGGUCCAGUAUGGGACUUGUGCGUUUGGGGUGACCGGAACAACUGGAACUGGAGACGUUGACUUUCACGUUGGUGCUCAGGAUAUAGUAGACCUCAUCAAUUCAUCAAUUAAGAUGUUUGCGUCGAAUGGUUUGGUUGGUGCUUCAGGCAACAUGGCAUGCCAAGGAGAUGCAGGUAACGACAAUGUUAACUGGGGACUUUAUCAUGCUUGA